CUGUCUGUCCCUCCCCCACUCUCCGGGGAAGAGAGAGGGGCCAAAGCCAAAGAACAUGACUCCAGACUCCACACCAGCUCUAAUCCGAUGAUCCUCUCCCUCUCCUCCCUCCCCUCCGCCCCUCUCCACCACCGCCCCAACCUCUCCUCCGCCAUCCCCCUCACCCGCCGCUCCUUCCUCUUCUCCACUGUCACUGCCACCACCACCCCAGCCGCCCUUUCCCUCCCCUUGCCGCCGCCGCCACCAGACACCACCAUCACGGACCGCGUGUUCAUGGACUUCUCCAUCUGCCCCAACUACUUCCGCCCCGACCGCACCCUCUCCGACGACCUCUCCACCCUGUGCUCCGGCGACGAGGCCGACUCCGCCCCGAUCGGCCGCCUCGUCCUCGGCCUCUACGGGCGCCUCGUCCCCCUCACUGUCUCCAACUUCAAGUCCAUGUGCACGAAUCCCAACUCAUCUUACAAGUAUACCCUCGUCAACAAGAUCUUCCCAGGGCAGUACUUUCUUGCAGGUCGACAGGGCCGCAGGGAUAAAGGGGAGGUGAGGCCGCCCCUCACUUUGGAGCGGAAUACUGAGACUGUCGACCCGAGGGCCUUUGAGCUUAAGCAUUCUCGGGCGGGUAUCAUUUCGCUUUGCUUGUCAGAGAACGACGAUGAUGAGAAGAUUAAGAUGGACCCUGACUACCGAAAUGUGGAGUUCUUGAUCACUACUGGACCAGGCCCCUGCCCCCAGUUGGACAACAAGAACAUUGUCUUUGGGACUGUUCUGGAAGGAUUGGACGUGGUAACAGCUAUAGCUUCAAUCCCAACAUAUAAGCCAUCAGAACGUAUCCGCCAGUUCAACGAUUUGGCUGAGUUUCUGGGAGACGAUAGAGCGCAGAAUGCCCGAGCUAUGUGGAGCAGGCCUCUCAAGACCGUUUAUAUCAGUGAUUGUGGAGAGCUCAAAGUCUCAAAUCCCACUCUUUCUCCUAGCUUACCUUAAUUUUCACAAAAGGAGUGGCCCCGGAUACGAGAGAUCUAGAAGAUUUUGUUGUAUACUGACCAGAUGGAAAUUGGAACUGAUGUUCUUCAAGUCAUAUUCACAGAUUAUUAUCCGCAACCAAAAAUCAGUAAGAUGAGGUGUAGGUAAAACAAUUGUGGUAACUGUGCUCGAUGCGUGCUUAUAGUCAACUUUGUGUAAUAAUUUCGACAAAGCCAAUCUACAGGGAAGUUUCAAUGCAACGUCCAGUUUUGGCUAAUUCUGAUGUGCUGGACAUUUGAACAACUGUGAUGAGGAAAGAAGAGGAGAUUUGGAAGACGCUUUCAUAGAUGCUGAUAGAGAGUCCUCCCACGGCCGAUUCCUUGGAAAGGCAACGUUCCUUGGCUUAGAAUCAAUAGCAAUGGGACGUAUGGCAAUCGUUCCCCUUAAAUCAUGCAGUGCACAGCUGCAGUUACAAUGAUUUGGCCUUUGCUCGAUCUCCAUAUCCUGCAUUGAUGUGAUCCUAUGGUUUCUAUGUUCUCCUGCUUGAUCUGUGUGAAACCUCAGGGAAGCUUUUGGACAGAGUCCAGCAAAUUGAAUUUUCUGAGGGAAGAGUUUGAAUUGAUUGUUGACUUGACCUGUCUAUGAUUUUGAAACCCCUGGAGUCAGAUUAAGCUUGAGAUAUUUUCCAAGAAGAGAGGCCGCUCUCGAUCGAUUUUUCUUCUCGUAUCUUCUUACAUUACUGACGUGAGGAUGCAAAGGCGCUGAUUUUUGAACUGUAGGCUGUUUUACUUGGAGAGCAAAGCUCUGGACAUAUCACACCUAGUGCUCGAUUUAUCUUUUGAAAGGGCAUGAAACUCGUAUUUCAACGAGUUUCUUGCUCUCGGUGGGUUAGUUAAUUUCCCCACGUCAGUGUUCAUACAGCUGAUUCUGCCGUGAAGAUGCCUUUACAACUAGUCAAUAUCCAUAUAUUUUGCCCCUUGGGUAUGUUGGCAGUUACUACUGAUCGGUUUCAAGCUAUGAUUGGAAGCUGCAGACUAAGACUGGACGAGCGGAGCUCGACUUUGGAUUCUUACAGAGCAAGGUAUUCUUGCUUUUCUCUCAUGGGAAAAUUAUUAUAAAAAAAAAAUUAAAAGAGUUACUGGAGUGAAUCUCUAGGAAACAAGAAAACAACAACUUCAUGGUAAUUCAGUGAUCAGCUAGUUAGUAUUGCAGGCCGAAGAAAAAUAAAUUUAUGAGAGCCAUUCAAAUUCAAUUGCAUUAUGUUUAUGGUCACUGAUUACCACUUGUUCUA